UCCAACCCAACUGCUGCUGCAUGCUUCUCUUCUGAGUUCUGUUCUGAUCGUCUCAUCUCUCUCUCUCUUUGUCUGUCAGUCUCUGAGGGUGAUCACCAACAUGGGCAAUGCAAUCUCAAUCACUCCUUGUUGUCAUCACAUGGGUUCAAAUUCGAAGUCAACGGUGAAGGUGGUCUUCUGGGAAGGAACCACCAGAAUUCUCACCGGAAAGCGGUUAGCCGGAGAAAUCAUGUUUGAGUUCCCUGACAGGAUAAUCUGCCAUGCCAAUUCCUUCUACAUCGGCCAACCCAUACCUGCACUAGCAAUCGACGAUGAACUAAUGACUGGCGAAACAUACUUUGUUCUUCCAAUUGAUCGGUUUGCAUGCAAGGUCUUAUCAGUUUCGUCGCUGGCUGCUCUGGGUUCGAGUCAUAAACCUGCACCCAUCAACUUUGGUGACCAGCCAUUCGAAUAUGUCAAGGCUUCAAACGGGCGGGUGUUGAUUAAAGUGUUGCCAGAAUUCAUAACCAAACUCAUCUUGAGAGGAAAAGAACAGCUGGAUUGUUCUAGCCCAAGUCAUAGCUUUCUAUGUAGCACGCCUGAGUUGCAGAAACACUACGAUCAGUUGGUUGGGUCUAAAGAGCAGACAUGGUCACCUAAGCUUGAGACCAUUUCAGAGUUUAAGGUGAGUACAGGAAAUCAAAAGAGUAGAAAAGAUAACCAAAUGUAAAAACUUGUACAAACUAUAUAUAAAUCCAGCAUUGACCUUUCGA